UAGGGGUAUAUAUUUUAUUUUCUGUCCAUUUUUUGGGUUUAUAUUGACUCCCUUGACAUUUCUCACUCCACCUUCGUCUUCUUCCAUGGCGAUAGCCGCAGCCGCCGUAACGCUUCCCCUCAGGGCUUCCAAUCGCCGAUCUUUGUCUUCCUCCUUAACCGUUCCGUUCAAUUUUUCUCAUUACACGCCGUCAUCCUCGCGACGGCAUACUCUCAGUUUCUCCGUUCGGCUCUCUUCUCUCCGCAUUUCGGCUGCUCUGUCAAUGAGCACGGAAGCUACGGAGAAAGCUUAUCCGGCUUCGUUUCUUGAUCGCAAAGAAGGUGGAUAUCUUCACUUCGCAAAGUACCAUGGCCUCGGCAACGAUUUCAUACUGGUUGAUAACAGAGAUUCUGCAGAACCUAAAAUCACCCCUGAGCAGGCUGUGAAACUGUGUGAUAGAAAUUUUGGCAUUGGUGCCGACGGGGUGAUUUUCACAAUGCCUGGCACCAAUGGGACUGAUUAUACCAUGAGGAUAUUCAAUUCUGAUGGCAGUGAGCCUGAGAUGUGUGGUAAUGGAAUUCGAUGCUUUACCAAAUUCAUAUGCGAGCUUGAGAAUCUACAUGGAAAGCAAAUCUUCACUGUACACACUGGAGCUGGCUUGAUUGUUCCUGAGAGACACGAAGACGGAAAGGUUAGGGUUGAUAUGGGUGAGCCCGUUCUCAAGGCAUCAGAUGUUCCCACAAAAUUAUUGGCAAAUAAAGAUCAAUCUGUUGUUAAAGGAGAACUGGAGGUUGAUGGAACUACUUGGAGUGUGACAUGUGUUAGCAUGGGAAAUCCUCACUGUGUAACUUUUGGUACAGGAAACAAGGAGAUUCAUGGGUUGAGGAAGUUUGAUCUGUAUCUUGGCAGGGCAAAUCAAGAAGAAACUGAGGUUUGCAGCCAUGGCUAUCAAAGGUACGAUUAUAUUUUGGCAAAGAGGUGCUUGGGCCAGCGAAUCUUCUUCUUCUUUCAAAGAGGCAGCUUUGUAGUUGUUCCUUUGUAUUGUUUGGCAGGCCUCUGCUACCUUAUACGUUCUCCAUAGAGUAGUGACCUAAGCGUAGUGGAUUGCCUGCUUGGUGUUUGUUGGGGAGUCCAAACGAGAAGUUAGCCGUUGAUAUGGAGGAAGCAACGGAACAGAAGAAGAAAAGCGAGACAAAUAA